AUGUUCAUUAUAAAUUUUACAGACGCGGAUGUCUGUUACAACAGUACAUGUAUUAACAAUAUUUGUGUUGCCUUACCGAGCACCACAACACUAUCAGCAAGUGAAGCAGAGGUUUCUAAGACGGCUGAACUUGAAACAAAUAAAAUUACACUUCCUGGUAAAAUUGUGCAUGAUGACGUGAUUGUUGGAAAGGAUAAGAUUGCUUCAAAUUUGACGACGAAAAAGCCGAAAGUCGCUGAAACACUUGCUCCAACGAAUGAAUUUGCAACGUCUGAACUUUAUAAACUACCAAAAACAACGAUUGAUUCAGCUAAAGAAAAAAUUGUGAAAGAAGCUACAACUUUUGUAUCUAAUCAAGGAUCAAUUACAACAUCUAUGCCAACUAAAUCAGAGGAAUUCACAAAGUCUGACCCUAAUAAACUAAACAAUCCUUCAUUAAUAGAUGAUGGUAAAGUUACUAAAUCAACGGAAAAAAUUCCACAAGAACCCAAAAUUCCUUCAAAAUCUUUAUCAUACUUACCUACAACAACAAAAAUGCCAUCAAAAACAAAAAUUAAAAAACUAAAAAAACAUUCACUAAUUACAAAAAAACAAAAAAAGUCUCCAUCCAUAGCUAAUAAAAAAUCGCUUACAACUCCCAAACCAACCAUCCCAACAACUCCUCCUUUAGCUGACAAACCCCUCCAAAAUUCUGAAGAUGGUCCUUCCAACCUGAAAUUUAGUCUAAAUCUAAACAAUCAAAUGAAGGAUUUUUUGAUGAUUAUAAUUGGCCCUCAGAAGAGUGAAGUUAAUGGGAAAAAAUAA